CCGCGGCCACACUGAUAUCAUGUGAAUAGAGAAACGUCAUGUGAUUGUGAUUUUUUUUCUCACGAAGCAGUCACCUGUCGCCGAGAAAAUACAAUUACGCCUUCAAUUUGCUAGACAAGAAAAACCUGCAAAAUGGCGGCCCAAAUACGCACAGUGGUGACAACGACUUUCCUGGGGCUCUUCACGGCCGCAGCCACCAUCCUCAUCCUGUACUUUGUUAUGACGGGCAAGGGCGAGCGGGUGAGCGUUGGCUGGUUCCUCACCUCGUCGAAUCCCUACAUGUGGGCCUGCCUCGGCAUUGGGCUCGCCGUCUCGCUGUCUGUGGUAGGCGCCGCCCUUGGCAUCCACACGACGGGCACCAGCAUUGUUGGCGGCGGUGUUAAGGCUCCCCGCAUCAAGACCAAGAAUUUGAUUUCCGUCAUCUUCUGUGAGGCCGUCGCCAUCUACGGCCUGAUCACUGCCAUUGUGCUCUCCGGCCAGUUGGAGCAGUUCCAAAUGGAGACGGCUCUGAACAAUGUCGCCAUCAUGAACAACAACUGGUUCUCGGGCUACUUGAUAUUCGGUGCUGGUCUCGCCGUCGGCCUGGUCAAUUUGUUCUGCGGCAUUGCUGUUGGUAUUGUCGGCUCAGGUGCUGCUCUUUCGGACGCCGCCAAUGCGGCCCUGUUCGUCAAGAUCCUGAUUGUGGAGAUUUUCGGCUCGGCCAUUGGUCUGUUUGGCCUGAUUGUGGGCAUUUACAUGACGUCCAAGUCGAAGAUGGGUGACAAGGAGUAAGACUGCCAGUCUUCAGAACUUCACUUACUCAUCGGCAAGAAGAGAACAAUAAUCAGCCAUCAAGUCAUUCCCCCCUUAACACGAGGGCCCCGCACAGCAACAUCAGUGGGGCCGAGUUUUUUUUCUGGAAAUUACAACAAAAAGCUUGCGUUAUAUGCAGUUACAGUUUGCUCGAGGAAUCCCUACCGAGUCGAGACACGCUUUAAACUGGGACUUUAGUUACUUAUUAAGUUGAUAGUUUUUUGAUAAUUUAGAUGUUUAUUUUUACGCCACGCCUACUCGCGCAAUUAUCAGCAUCCAAUUUCAAUUGAUUGCUGAGUGUGCAUGGUGUAAAAAUGACAACGAUUUGUUUAUGUAAUAAUUAUUCUUUUGCCAAACGAAAGACAAUUGUAUUGUGUGUGCAUGUGUGUGUAUAUUUAUGAUUCUAAGAAGUUUGUUAUGUUUUUGUUUCUACUGGCUCUUGUAUUUCUAAAUGAGAAUGUAUUAUAUUUACUACAAAACGAUGAA